GUGGGCAUCCGCAGUAGCCUCACCAUGCCCCCGCUAAGGCCGCAGCCCCGGCACCGCCCGCCCUCCCCCCGUGCACAUCUCGUCAUGCCUGCGUGCAUCUCCGGCCAUGUCUAGGCCGUGUCCACAUGCCGCAGCCCCGGCACCUACCUCCCUUCCCCCACCCCCGCACCCGCACGCCCAACCUUCCGUCCUCGGCUGCGGCCAGGGUGGAAGCCGUGGAGGUGGACGAAAUCCAAGCCGAAACCACCAGCCCCUUACAUCCUAGGCGCUCUCUUACCAUCCUCGACAGUCUCUUCCCAUCGGUGGCCCUUCAAUCCCCCAUCUAGCCGGUGCUACAUAUUAAUCCAAAGGGAACGUCUCCAACAUCUUCUAGGUUGAGCUCAACGAACAGUCUAUCAAUCCCCCCAUUUGGGCAGACAUUGAUGACGACGACGAGGAUUACAUCGCCACCACUGAACCGUCGCAACCCUGUCUGGAUUUGGUUGAGCUCCUCGCCGCUUUUCAGGAGUUUAUUUGCUAGGAGGUUGCUGAUGCGGUGGACGGUGUUGUCAUCAGAUCUGUUGGUGUUCUUCCCAGCUGCUUUGUGGUUUGUGUGGGCAUACAUGAAACUUGGAGUCGGUAUUAAUUGAGAGGAGAGACGGGAGGGGUGGAUGUGGCUGCUAGCCAUGGUCCUGAUCAGUCCUUGCUUGGUAUUGAUUGAUCAUGGCCAUUUUCAGUAUAAUUGCAUUAGCCUUGGACUUACGCUUGGAGCAAUUGCUGGUGUUUUGUCGAGGAAUGAGCUCGUCGCUGCAGCUCUCUUCACUCUUGCAAUCAAUCACAAACAGGUGGAUAGAAUUCUGGACAAAGAAAAUUUUAUAUUGGAAGAACUUCUUGAUGAGGAUGAAAUUAAUCAGGAGUGCAAAGCACUGAACUCAAUACUCAUAAACUUGUAAUUUUCUUAUUUAUUUCUGUGAUAUGAGAAGCAUAUUAAAUCUACUGAUGGAACUUACAUUAGUAUUUGUUUUUUUGUGGGUUGUCUUAUUAUAACUUCACUUGUGACUUCUGAUACAUAUAGUGGAGUGGUUGUGGCGUCAAAUGA